AUGAAUCGAUUCAGUGGAACCGGUAAAGAAAGUUUUGCCUCGGUUUUGCCCGCCGACUCGGCCUAUGUGACUAUCAUCCGAGAUCCUGGCACCAUGUUCGAGUCCACUUACACCUACCUUCAGUAUCAGCACAGGUACGGUGUCCCACUGACCGGCUUCCUGGAGAACCCGAGCCGCUACUACGAACCCAACGGUGGCAAAAACCAUGCCAAAGACUCCAUGCUCUACGAUCUCGGGCUGGAGGAGCAGUUCAAGACCAACGCCGCCGAAGUCGACCGGAAAAUCCAGCGCAUCUCCACCGAGUUUGACCUGGUGAUGAUGACGGAGCACUUCUCCGAGUCCCUUAUACUCCUCAAAGAGCUCAUGUGUUGGGACUUCCAGGAUAUCGCUUACUUCAAGAUGAACGCCCGCAGCCCUUCAUCGGUGAAAAGCGUCAGCGAGGAGACCAUGAAGAAGAUCAGGAAAUGGAAUGACGGUGACACAAAACUUUACAAUUACUUCAAUAGGACAUUCUGGGACAAGGUUCAUGCCUUCGGGGAGGAACGUAUGCGCAGGGAAGUCGCCAAACUCGAAGAGAUGAACAAGAUGAUGAAGGAUCGGUGCAUCGACAAAGUGAUCACCAAUGACCAACAUGUGUGGCACCCAUCAGGUAUCGCGGUAGAAAGCUUCAAGCUGAAACCUUCAGUAGAACAUGAUGAAGACUGCCAGAUGAUGGCCAAGACAGAGCUUCCUUUUACUGCCUAUGUCCGACAAAGGCAGCUUGCUAAGUACUUUGGGCACAAAGCGCCCGUGCUUUGAUGACGGCUGAAAUAGGCAAAUCAAGUCAUGACAUGGACAUGAAUUUAAUGUAAUUUCGAGAAGUAUUAUGCCUUGCAAUAUGACAGCAACUUUUUAAAAUGAUGUCAUGAAUGAUGUCCUUAUUCUUUUAUUAUCAUUCUUGAAUGGUAUAUAGGGGAUUUGUCCUAGAACCUUAGAAAGUGAUUUUAGAUUCGCCUGUUGACAUAUAUGUAGUUGGGGACGUCAUUUCAAGGCACUGCCCUUACAGCGAAUGUCACAUCCUGUCCCUCAUUCGCUAUCGAAGUCAAGACCGUGAUAAAAGAAGUGUCCGAAAUCUUGCAAGAACUUGAUUUUGCAUGAGUGAUGUCAUCACUAGCUGAAUUCUCUUAGCUGUAUGUGCCAAGUGCAACUUUGAGGCUUUUCAUCUACAUGUAGUCAUUGGAGUCACUCGACUAUUCCUGAUAAUCAUGUUGCGGAAUGGUUAUCAUACAUGUAGUUUUUACUUUUGCUAUUAUUUGACCCUUUGCUUUUAUUGACCAGUGGUCAACCACUAACUUGAUUACUGGUUCAAACCAAGCUGAUAUUCUUACUAUUAUCCAUUACCGAGGCUGUCUCCGGAGAAGUAUUUUAUGAACUGUUAAAAGCUACUAAAAUCCUUGCACGCCAUUGGCUCAGAGCACAUUUUUAUCCCAAUAUAUAUAUAUAAAGAGGCAUUAUUUAUUACUGAGGCUGUCUUUGGAAGAGCAUUUCACGAAGCAUCUUCUCAGCAAUCUUCCCUGAAAUCUGUUGUAAGCUACUGAAAUCCUUGCUCGUGAUUGGCUGAGAGCAGAAUUGCCUGGGGAAGUCACUGCCAGUGUGGCUCACGAAAUGCUCAUCAUGUAUUAUUGCUGAAGAUUUGUAGCCAGGUGGCAUGUAUAUGACGUUGAGGUUUAUGUUGGUUCACCAAAGCGGGGCCCUGUAUUAUAAGGCAUGGCGAUUGAUCGUGGGUCUAAUUUUUACGAUCGAUUGCAUUGAAUAUUGUGUAUGAUCAAUCGUGCAAAUCAGCCUCCACGAAACCAUGGUUUCAAAUGGUGGAUUCAAAGCCACAUUUCUAAAAGGCCCUUCAUGAAUGAGGACCAAAUACUGUGCUUGAAGUUGCGAAUUUUUCUUGUCCUGCCCGAUAUUGUGACAUUGUUCUGAAUAGAAAAUUAGAGUCUAGAGAACUGACCUUUAUAUUAGUCAAGCGACUGCCAUUUGUAAGAGAUGGCCAAUGUUUUAAAGCAAUAAAGAUUUUUCAAAUGAGAUGCAAUUGUAGCAUACUUAACAAAGUAGAAUUUUACUAUUUAGGCAGUACAUGUACAUGUAGAUAGCAUUGUAAGAGUUUUUAAAGUGGGAAUUCCUCUCUUUUCAUAAUACAUGUAGAAGCUUAUAACUUAUUUGAUAUUUAUUUUGAAAGCAAUAAUGGCUUAUGGAGAUUUCUUUAAUAUUUUUGGCGAACAGGAAUAAGUUAUGGAUUCAUUCUUGUGUAUUAAAUCUGAAAGAGGAGUGAAACGACCAUUAGGUAUUGAACCCAAUGCUAAUCUAAAAAGGACUAUUUGCUAGUUCAGGGCAUUCGCUCAGUAUUUAGGUGACUAAUUCCCACCCAGCCCCCCCCCCCCCCCCGCGCAUACCCAAAAUUCUAGAUUUCUCUAACUAUGGAAAUACCAAUACAAAUAUAUCCUUGCUUUAUCAUUGUUAACUUUUUUCUACAUUUAGGGGGCUAAAUCACUCUAAGGCCCCAUGUAUAUUGGAAAGUGUCCCAUUUUAAUUCUCAAAAUCCUAUAUUUUUUUAACCAUGAAAAUAUCAACACAAAUUGCUCUAUUAAACCAUAAAGUACAAUUUAACUAUUUAUAUAUAAAUACCAAAUAAUGUGAGGGACCUUGUUCCGCAUUUGCAUACUACAUGUAAAUCACACUCGGACCCUAAUGUAUUUUGAAAAUUUACACGUACAUAUACAUGUAAAAUAAAGCGAGUUUUGACAGCAGCUUGACAAGUGGCAAUAUGCUUGAUUGGACAUUGUGUAUUAUAAAAACCUUUUUUAUAUUUCUUUUCAUAUUUAUUUGAAUAUUAUACAACGCAAAAUUCAAGAUUUAACGAUUUUCAAGAGUGAAUCUCACGAAAGGGUUUUGAAUUGGGUGAUUGUUGUCAGAAGCUAGCAUACUCUAGCAUUAUGUAUUAUGAUAAACUGUUUUAGAUUCAUUUUCUAUGUAUUAUUUUUAUAUUUUCAAUGCCAAAUAAAAAAGAAAAUUCAGAGUGCAGCUCAUGGAAUGGUUCUGAAUUGGGCAUUUGUUAUUAGAAGCAUACUUUAAUAUUGGGUAUUAUUGAUUUCCUUUUAAUAUUCACUUGAAUUAUCAUACAACUUAAAAUUGAAAAUUCAGGCAAUAUUUAGAGUGAACCUCAACAUUGUCUUGAAUUAAGUGAUUGUUGUCACAAGCACACUCUAACAUUACAUAUCAUAACAAACUUGUACAGAUUAUUUUUCAUAUUCAUUUUAAUAUCAUAAAAUGCGAAAUUCAAGAUUCAACAAUUUACAGAAUGAACUAAAGAAACGGUUCUUAAUUAGGCAAUUGUUGUCAGACUCUUAACGUUACUUAUGAUAAUAAACUAUUAUUGAUUCUUUUUUCAUAAUUUUAAAAACUAUUUUUCAAUGCAAGAUUGAAAAUUUAAUUGAUUUCAGAGUGAAAUUCAUGAAAGGGUUUUGAAUUGAGCGAUCAAUGUCAAGACCAUCAUCAUCUUCAAAACAUGUUGAUAUAUGAUUAUAGUAGUACAUGUAAUAAUAAUGAUUAAUAAUGAUAAUAAUAUUCAAUUUUCAUAAAAUAGCACUUUAAAUAGGUUGAAUGAGAAAAAGAGAAAGAGAAAGAAAAGAGAGAAAAAAACAAAACAAUCAUAUUCAACCUAAAUACAUUAUUAUACAAAUUUGAGACUGAAUUUGGAAAAUUAAUAAUGCAUUGAGUGGUACAUGUAGUAGGAAAAUUUAAAUUUAUCUUGCUGAAGCAUUCUUCCUAAAUGCAUCCCACUUCCGUGCAUGUACAGUACGUUGUCUUGGUUCCAUUGAUUCGUUUGCAACGAACAUCAGGUACAUCUUAAUAUGGCGAUAUAUAUAUAUAUCUAUUGUAUGAAUUUACUGUACAUGUGUCUCUAUGGUUAUGUGUGUACACACACCCACAUCAAGCUCUGGCCACAACAAAGGGUCCACUGAAAACUAAUCAAUGUCAUUCAAUAUACCCUGAACAUGUUUUUAUAGGAAGAAUUCUUCAGCUUAAUUAAUUUCCGUUCUUGGAGAUGCCCAAGGUCAAUAUUCAAAAGUCGGCAUAUAUCGGUUGUUUAGAGUAAUGUUUUACCGUGAGAUAUUCAUUUCAUUUCAUUUACUGGUAACUUAAUUUUGUUAGUUUCAUUUUCAACUAAGCAUAGCUAUGAACAUAAUAAUGAACUGUAGAAGCAGGAGGAUUUGGGAAGAAACAUAUUCACUCCUUGGCAAUUGUUUGACUUACUCAACAUCGCGUUAGACUUAACUUGGGAUUCUCUUUGUACCGAAAUGCAAUAGCAAGUGGGGAAGAGAUUUCGUCCAUGCGGGGUCCUCGCUGUGGAAUUCUUUUCCUGCGAGAGAUCAGCAAAAGCCAUUCUGUGGAAAUGAUUAAUAUCAAACUACAUGUAAGACUAUCAGUCAGUAUGUAAAAUAAUUUGCUGUAUUGUAUCUCCUCAUUUAUUUUUUCAUAUCACUUGCGGACCCUGGGGGAUGUUUCACAAAAAUUUAAGUAUGACUUAAAUCGCACUUAAAUGCCGACGUGUACAUGAUAUGCGACGCGCGAUCUUAUUGAUAAAUACGCAGUAGUGCACGUCCUCAUGACACGAUCCGACCAAUGCGGUCAAGUCUUUCAUACCGUAUGCAGCUCGAUAUAUAAGUACGAGUCUAAGUCAUACUUAAAUAUUUGUGAAACACCCCCCUGGACAUUUUACUUGAUAUGGAAUUGGCACCCUCUAUUGUAUAAAUUACAUUAUCAACAUUAUCAUUUAUCAGUAUCUUAUCCAAUCCAAAGGACGUUUUAUAUAGUGCCUUUCCCUUCGUUUACAAAGCACUGCACGCACACUACUCUGGACAUGUAAUAUUGUGACAGCAAUUUCUCGGACCAGAUUGCGCAAACAUGUGAAAUGUACAUGUAGCUCUUCCAUGUCGACCUCCAAAGAUGAACCAUUGUACAUUGUCCGAAAAGAUGUGCCUAAGGCACAGUUAACUCCAUCCAUCUAACGUAGUAUAUUUGUGUGCAAUCUUCUCCGAUUCUCUGCCAAAUAUGGAAAAAAAAGGGGAAUGAAACCACUUCUUGUUUGCGUUUCAAGAACCUAAAUGCCAAAGACAACUCUGAAACGUGCUGAUAUGGACAAUAGAAGAGAUGUGUGCUGAAAGUAUUGAUUUCAUGCUGGUUUUAUUUUUCAUAUAUUUUUUGAUACUCGGACUUAUCUGUGUUGAAUUAGUGAAAAUUCAGAUUUGUAAAGGCGACCGCACACCUUACGAUUGGUCUGCGACUCAAUUUUGGAAUAAAACGUAGAAUUUGAUGCUAAUAUUGAGACUUGGAAUAUCUUACUGUGUUAUGUUCCAAAUCAUCGUACAAAUACCUAUGUUCAAAUCUGUGACUAUGCUAUCAUUCUUCUUAGAAUAAAAUCAAAUUUAAUAUCUAGUCGUAAUGACGUCAUAGCAGUCGUAAGAUUGGCUACAAUUUGAAACUAAUUUGAAACUAAUUUGGCCUUUACUCGAAAAAUAAAGGCUUGCAAUCUUUCAAAAUUGUUAUAUUAUUAUUCUUUCAAUUAAUUUUAACCUCAAAUAAAAUGAUAUGUUCCAUUAACAUUUUCAGAAAAUGAGCAAAAUGCGAUUUGUUCCAAAAUCGGAUCGCGAACAGUCGUAAGGUGUGCGGUGGCCUUUAGAUUUGAACCGACUAACUCCAAGGUUCCUGUGGUCACGAUUCCCAGCCAGCUUGGGGCUUGUACCACAAAGCUUAGCAAUCAUUGUAGAACUUUUUUUUUUUACGAUUGAUUGCAUUGACUACGAUGUACAAUUAAUCGUGAAAAUCAAGUGUACGAUUAAUCGCUAAUUUUUGUAUCACAGGACCCGGGGUUUUGUUAUGUGGAGGCGUUGUGGUCUAGUGGUUAUGACUCCCGUCUUUCAAUCUGAGGGACGUGGGUUCGAUUUCCAGCCAUGGCGUGUUUUCCUUCAGCAAGAAAUGUACCCACAUUGUGCUGCACUCAACCCAGGUGAGGAGAAAGGUUACCGGUACCUGGUAGUUCUGCCGCAUUACUGUAGAGUGUUUAGAGACUUUUGAGAAAUAAGUGUUAAGCGCUAUAUUAUCAACUAUUAUCUAUUAUUAUUCUUUAAUAGGGGUAAGUAUGAGUGACAGUGACUUCAUGGAAGGCCCGAAUAGACGCUUUUAGGAGUGUAACUUUUACAGAUUCUUUUAUAAAUGUGUUUAAAACAAUGAUUUAUUUUGUGGGAUGUAGUUAAAAAAAGAUAAUCUGGGUAAAUCUAAAGUAAGCAUUGAUGCUGUCUACACCAUCGUGUAUGAACAGAGGCUGAGGAAAUUUGGAUUAUGUUACUGUAUUUGGGAUUUGAACCCAAGUCCUUGUGUUUCAAAUUCCGGACAGUUCUCCACUGGGCCACUCCUAUGUAGUCAAAAUGUAUACAGUGCAGUCAAACCUGUCUAUUGUGGCCAUCCAUGGGAAACAGAAAAAAAAGGCCAUUGUAGACAGGUGACCUUCAUGGGCAGGUUCUAAACACAUUUUCCUUUCAAAUUGGAGAGGAUUCAGGUGGCCACUAAAGACAGGUUGCUAGUUGUCACUGCAGACAGAUGCACUGUAAAAAUUCCAGUGUUGAUUUAACACCAGCCCAGAAUCUAUAUAUGUCUACACCAGAGAAGUGUUAAACAACGCCAGUUCCCUUUUGGUCUAACACCAGAUAGUUGUUUAUACAACACCAAUUUGUAUUAAAAACAGCAUCGGUUUGAUUCCAAACUGGUGUUGUUUCAAUACUUCUCUGGUGUGGACAUAUAUAGAUUCCGGGCUGGUGUUAAAUCAACACCGGAGUUUUUGCAGUCUGGUUGCUAAUAGAGCAAUGGAACUGUACUCAUGGGAAGUUAAAGGUAAAAGAAAGUAGUUGCAGCAAACAAUUAUUUCACGAGAAAGUCUGUAAAAUCAAGGUUAAUUGUCACCAUAUUAUCAUAUAUCUCUAGAUCUGGUACAUUAAUGUAAAAUUUUCUUUGUGUAAUCAUGAAAUUUUCGCUUGAAACCGAUAAUUCUGAUGAUCACUAACACAGACAAGCAUAUGUGGGAUAGUGUAUUAAUAUUGCUUGGAAAAAUACACAACAUUUGAUAGAACUCCGUGCUUAUUUUGCUAAAUUCUCAGCAAUAACGCAUUUUCUUCCAUAGCCAUUUGGCACCUUUUUAAAUCUAUACUGUACAUACACACACUUUGGUGGUAAUUUCAUUGGAUUCUGUUCGAACUCAUUUUGAGGUCGUUACCACAACUGGUAUUUAACGAUUCAACCCGCGUAAAGGGUAAUGCGCCUAUAUAUAUUUUUUGCAGGAGUUUCUGCAUUUAUUGAAAAGUCAAAAUAAAUUUACAAUACAUAAACAUAAAUACACAAACGUAGCACGACAUUAAAGUACAUUGCAAAGUGACAAAUUUAUAACAGUGUCACAACAAAAAUUUAGACAUGAAUACAAUUUAAGGAUAAGACUAAGUAGUGAAAAACAAUGCAGUGGCAAACAAUAUAAAGCAAAAUAAAUGCUUGAGUAAUAGCAGCCAUGUUGAAUGUAUCGAGUGUAUACAGUCAAGUAAUGAUACUUGAGAUAGUAGUAUAAGCCAGUUCGUAGUUCCACUCUGCGCAUGAUCAGAAGAUUCUACACAUGAUCCGAGGAAGGUCAUUUGUACCAAAGUGACAUGGUGAUUUAAAAUUUAAUGAGAUAAGCACCAACUUCGAUGUCUUGAUUAUAUAUUGAUAUAUAUAUAUUCAUAUAUUCUUUUAAAUUGUGUUUUUCAUUCACAUCCACAAAAGACAAUGCGUCCACGAAUGACUGGUAUUUCACAGUUUACCAAGAACAUUGUACAACCAAAUAUGCAUUCAAAGUAGAAAUGCAACAAAUACCUUCAUAGAGUGUUCAUUGAUGUUCUAUUCUAGUCACCUGGUCUAUUCAAUUUCUUCAUCCCGCUAUGUAAGGCAUGCAUAUGUAAUAUCUUGCUUUGAAAUCUGCCUAUCAUAAUGAAAGAAAUGAAAUGUCAUUUGAACAAAAUUGUCUAUGAAGUAACUACGAACUGGUCUAUUGAGUUAUUUGUUUGAUUACCCAUUUAAAUGUAUGUUGAAAGGUCUCUUUAUUGCCAUCAUAAAUCAAUCGUGGCAUAAUUUUUCAUACUUGUAUGUUGAAAGGUAUCUUUAUUGCCAUCAUACAAAUCAAUCGUGGCGUAUUUUUUUUAUACUCGCUGGAAGAAAAAUUUGAAUGUAUAACGGUAAUCUAAUAAUCUAAAAUGUAUUUUGUAUUAUCAGCAAACAGCAGUUUCAAAAUAGCAGUUAUAAAUAGACUCAUCAUUCUAUGCAUGAUUAUGAAUGCAUGUGGCUUAAUGUUAUGAUAUGUCAAUUUUAUAGUAUAACAAAAUACAUGCAUCAUUAUCAUAAUGUCAUGUGAUACAAAUAUGACCAAAUAGUUAUAUUAAUUGCAUCAGAAUGAGUAAAUGCAUUGGAAUUUGGAGCAGGGGCCAUUUCACAGACACCUACAUGUAAGUAGAUUUGCAAGGAAAAAACAAAUUAAUUGCAAGUCACUUUUUAGGUCUCCAAAUCAGUCAUAUGUUUUGCAAUUAAUUGUUAUUUAGUAGUAUUAACUUACAUGUGGGUCUUUUUUCACAGAGAGUUAAAUGUGAGUAUGUGAGCAUUGCAAGGAAUUUACAAUCGAUUGUAGGUUAACUUUUAGGCUCCCAAAUCAAUCAUAUAUGUUUUUUUGCAAUUAAUUUUAUCUUUGAUUAUAGAGUACCGAAGCGAUGACAGUUGCCAUGGUGCCAUGGCGGCCUGGUUCUAAACAAAUUAACCCGCCGAAUGAAAGCAUGUUUCUCAUGGGAGAAAAUGGCUGCUAUCGGAAUUUGAUCGCUUGCAACCUAUUUUUCAGACGAGCCUAAGUGUACAGAUGAUCAUGAGGUGCGGCUCUGUUUAGAACCAGCCCGCCAUGACACCAUGGCAACUGAUGUCAUACUUCGCUACUCUAUUGUGGCUCUGGUACUUGGAACAAGGAGUAUGAAUCGAAUCAAUACAGAUAAAAUUGAUCUUUCGAUUGUAACUUUGGACUUGAUAAAGCCAUUGAUUGCACAUGCAAGUUUUUUGCAGCACACCCCUCAUCUAUGUGUAGUAUAAAACAUCACUGUAUUGUCCAGAUUUAGGGGCCUCAUACAAAUAUCUAACAAAGAAAUGACAUCAUGCUCUAAAUGCAAUGUGUUAUAAUCAACUCAUUGUGAGAGAGAGAGAGGAAGUCUAUGAAUCUAUUUUAAUACCAAUUACCAAUUAUUGACUCAUUUUGAAAAGGGGGCUUAGCGUGACAACCAGAAUGUGAUAUUAAACAGGGGCCGCGGAACCGGGGGGGCUGGGGGGCUUCAGCCCCCCCACUUUUUCCCAAAACCGUGUACAAAAACGUAAAAUUGACCAUAUGAUUGUGAUUUUUAGCAUGGUCAGCCCCCCCCCCCACUUUUGGCUCAGCCCCCCCCACUUUGAAAACCGUUCCGCGGCCCCUGUUAAAGUUAUUGCUUGUACAGACUUGUUGCGGCAAUGGCGGACAACAGAUCUCUGCAACAAGGCUCAGCAAGAAUUUUGUGUACAAAGAUCUAUACCUACAAUGAUGUUGUGGCAAUUAACCUUAAAUUGAUUUUCCAGACUUUCUCAAUGAGUAAUUUUUGCUGCAUCUGCAUUCCUAUUAGCUUUAAACUGUACUCUGAAUUCUUACUGUAAUUAAUCUAAGGUUUAGAUUUUGGCCUCACAAAGCUCUCACAAAAAUAUAUCAUUCCUCCAGCUGAAUAUAUGGCAAAUAAUUGUUAUUUUGUUGCUUUAUCCAAACAAUCUUUUGACCAUCAAAUAUUUUUCAUGAAGACCAAACAUUUACCAUACUUUGGAUCCAUUCCAACAUGUUUUGCAACUGUGUAUUUCAAAAGAGUGGAAAAGCUAUGAAUUGUCGUUCUGUGUUAAAGAAAAUCAUAUUAUUUUAUCUGGUCUGAUCUGGCCAAUGCAGGAAAUGUGUUCUCUCUCAUACUUGUUGAUGUAUUCGGAUAAUUUGUACAAGGUGCGUUCAGACAUUCUGCAAGAAAACUCUGUGAGUUGUUGGCCCGUAGUCUGAUCUUGGGUUUAAUUCAAACUCUGGUCCAAAGUUGGGGUUGAGCUAUGGAAAGUCAGAUGUGAAACAAAGCUCUCAGUAACAGUUUAGGCUCAAUUUCUCGCCUUAUUGGACACACAAAAGCGUUCAUAAGUAGGAAUAGUAUCUUAGGAUAUUAAACAAAAGAAACAUACAAUGAAAUCAGAAUUUUGAUGUUUUUGCUCACCAUGAUUUUAGCACUUAGUUAGACCAUGAACUGAGCUAAAGUUGACUUCAGAAUACAGCCCUUGUAUACAAAGUCCAUUGGACGAUAUUCAAAAGAAACAAAUAGGCCCAAAUUCACAGAGGUGGUUUUAAAACCACCAGUAGAACCCAUGGUUUAUGCAGAUUUUCUGUAUAAAUUAUGCUUAUUUACCGCAUAUAUUAAAAAAUGUCCAAUGCUGAUGCACGCUUUUGCCACAGUGCCAUGGUUAAAUAUGCUAUUCUACUCUAUGAGUCCACUGUUUGAAUAGUGAACUCAUUAAUUCAAAACAGUGGACUCAUGAAUAAAAUAGUGUACUUAACCAUGGCAACAGGCGUCAAUUUGACCCACUGUGACAAAUCGCAUAUCGGCAUUGGACCUUUUUUAAUAUACGCGGUAAAUAGGCGUAAUUUAUACAGGAAAUCUGCAUAAACCAUGGGUUCAACGAUGGUUUUUAAAAACCACCUUUGUGAAUUUGGGCCUUAAUGGUUCAGAGUCAAAACUCACUCGUUUUAAUAAGGUGACAAAUAAAGGCUGACCAAUCGAAUUCCUUGAUAAGGUUAGCGUAAACUAAUUUGUCCAGAGUCGUGCAGACAAACUUGUGACAUCAUUUAACAUGGCCCAUGAAGUCAUAAUGAAAUAAUUAUGAGUAUAUAUAUAUAUAUAUGUAUCCUGUAUAUAGAAUAGCUAUAUUUGCUUUAUGUAGUGCUUAAUACUUACUAAUCAGAAGGCUCUGAUUGUUCUACAAUAAUACGGCAUACAUUAUGCUAAUUACCCUAGAUUUAGAAUUGUAUGAUUAAUGAUUUAAUAAUUUCAUUAUGCUGUCAUGAGUUUUGGUUGUGACAAUUUGGAUGAUUUUGUGGAGACUUGAAAUGAACAAUAGUGGAAUGAUUUGUUUUAAUAUAUUUGAACACUGAAAAUCAUUCCAUGGCUUUGUUAAACAGUUUCUUAUUGAGGCCAUAGGGGUAACUUCUUUUCACUGCUAUACACUUUUCAAGGAUAUCACUGCGAAAAAUGCUGAAGUUAAAUCAAUUGAAUGAAAUUGAUAUUGUAGAUUAUAUAUUUCAGAGUCAUUUAUAACCUACACAAAUUGAAUAUCAUACAAUAACAUUAUUAACAGUAACAUUAUUACACUGUAAAAACUGUGGUGUUAAAACUGACACCAGUGGGUGUUAAUAGAGGACCACACCCUCUGGUGUUAAAAUUACACCCUAGAGAUUGAAUAUAACACCAAAGAGUGUACAUGUAACAACCAAAGGUGUUGCAACACCUAUAGGUGCUAAACUAACACUGUCAAUUGCCUAUAUUGUAUACAGGUAAUACUCAUGUAACUGAUUUAUUAUGUUCCAUUGAUUUUGUUGUUGUUGUCCUGUUAAGGAAAAGUAUGCCUUUUACAGAGAAGAUAUUAAUAAACUUGCUAGUAUUGUCGUGAGGUUUAGACCAAGUGGGUAUUAGACCAAUUGUAGGGUAGACCAAACAGUAAUUAGACCAAAUUGAUAGCAGACCAAAUGGGUUUUAGCCCAAGUGAUACUAUUAUAGACUAUUUGAAAAGUAGUCCAACUGCAAGUGAAUUUAGAUUGUUCCAGUAUAUAUUGCUAUGUAUUAAUGCACUGCCAAUAUACAGAGAAGUAUUAUUACUAUGAAGGAAAUUUGAAGAAACUUUCCUUUUAGUUCAGUUGAAGCUUGCAGGUAGUCUUGUUCAUACCUAGACUUGGUCUUCAAUCAAAUGGUCUACUCAGAUAGUCUAAUUCCUCAUAGACUGAACCCUUUUUGCCCACAAUCAUCUAGGUCUAAUUACCACUUGAUCUAAACCAUUACUUGGUAUAAUACUUUUCCAUCUGUCAUUUUGUCAACAAUUUGCUCUCUCAAUAUGUUGAGAGAUUUGUUUUAUUACUGGUAGAUGAUUACUUUCUGAUGUUUGCUUUGCCAUGUGAACGCGAUCUCAAGAGAUGUCGUUUUUUAUUUGCUGGUGGAUAAUUACGUUCUCUUGUAUUCUUUGCCAGAUGAACUUGAUCUCUCGGUAUUGCAAUUGUUGACUGGCUCUAUUACACAGAAAGAUACAAUCAUUGUUGAUUAUUGACAAUCAUUUAUCAUUUUUAUUCAUGACUUGUGCAAUUUUCUUGUUAUUGGACAGUACCCGGAGCGGGUAAAUGCAGUCGGUAAUAAUAAUGAUGAUAAUGAUAAUAGUAUUUCAAAGAAGUAUGGGAUUAUGAAAAACAAGUAAUAUAGGGGGAGAUAUCUUGCAUAGCAUCGUAUAUCAUUUGCUAAAUGAGUUCCUUUUGCCCUUUGCUUAUUUUUUUCCCAUACACGCAUUUGAAAUGAGUUUUUUGUUCUUUAUUUUAAACCAUCCAUGCAUUUGGUUCUGCCUAAUUUGGCCAAUACAGAAUAUCAGUGACUUCACAGAAUAUUUGAUUUUUUUAUUUCUGCAUUUUGGAUAUCAUGGUUUGAUGGAGUGUAAUGAAAAAAAAAAAUCAAAAAUCUGUUCGAUGGGAAUCUGUUCAAGGGGUCUGUGAUGUGGCCAUGUAAUAUCCUCUUAUUACGCAGUGUUUAAUAUUAAAAGAAGAAGUUUGUUUUGAAUAAAAACCCAAAAUAUAAUGCAAACUAUUUGUGAAGGUUUAGAAUUGUAUUAAAGGAAACCAAAACCCAAGAAGAGAAGCAAUCUUAUUGGAAAGAGUAAAAUGAGAGACAUCGAAAUUGGUUAUGAAAUAAGCAAGUUAUGGACGUUUGCCAAUUUGAGGAUCACCGUAGAAAGUACAACAAGCAUUUUCAAAGUUCCGUAACUCGCUUAUUCUAUAACCGAUUUCGAUAAAACAAGUUUUAGAUUGCUCCUCUCAUUUUAUUCUUUCUGAUAAGAUAGAUUUUCUCCUUGUAUUUUGGUUUCCUUUAGCUUUCUUAAUCUUGGAUGGAUUUUCCUCAAACCUUCACCAAUAUUUAAAAAAAAAUCUGCUAUGUCAGAGAUGCGGCAACUGCAGAUCACCAAUGCAUGCAAGGCGAUUGCUUGAGCUUCUAAGAUGGCUGCACAAAGACAUUAGUGCACAAGGUCUAUGUGAAUAUAAUGAUGUACUUGCUUUCGCAAGAUUACCCUCAUCUUCCCCAUCCUUAUCCCCCUUCCCUUCAUUCCAUCUCCUCCCCCCUCCCUUCAUCUGGGAGUAUUCAUUCCAUUAUAUGUAUUGGCCUGUAUUCUGAAGUUGGGUUUAAUUUAAACUCUGGUUUUAAGUUGUGGUUUGACUAUGAAAAGCCAGUUAUUGAAUAAAUCUAUAUAACAGAAGAGGUUCAAUGUAUCAGCUCAUUUGACUCCCAAAACAUUCUGAACUGCCUGGGAAGGAUAAGUAUGACAGCUGUCUUCACCAUUAAAGAAUCAGUAAAGAGCACAGUAAACAUGAGAAGCAUUCACUGUAAACACAAUUUUGAACCGUUUGGCUUCCCAUAAUUUAAGCACAGAGUUAGACCAUGGUCUUAAAGUGAUUGGUUAACAUUGGUUUGACUUUAAAAAAAUCUGAGCUAGAAGGUCACACUUGUCACCCGUUUCUGUGAUGUUACAAAAUGAAGCCCAGAAAAAAUUGCGUUUGAAAAUGAUUAUUUAGUGCCUCAAAAAUUGAAAUAUAAAGUGACCGAAAACACCAUCUUAAUUUCAUCCCAUACACUUAUGUGUACUAUCUAUUUACAAAAUCGGGGUUUGCCUUGUAGUUUUAGCUUUUCAUUCUCAAUAAUGGUUGUUUUCAGGGUUUAUUAGUUCUAAUACAUGCACUUGGACACAUGUUUCAUCUUGGUUUGAUAAUUUUUUUAAUCGGCUGCUCACAAAGUUAAACAAUACCUUUAAGUUAAACCCGACUUCAGAAUACGGGCCAUUGUGUUUAUUUUGUGCUUGGUAAAGGCUGCUUUCUUUUAAUGAAUUUUCACUAAAUUUGUGUAGAAUUCUCGCUGAAUUAUUCGCUGAGGUAUUCUUUUGUAAAUUUUACAAAGCUAGAAAUAUGUAUAUACAGGGUAUGCAUGAGAAACAUUGUUGAUAUUUCAUAUUUAUUUUAAAUUUUCAUGUUGUUUAUAGAGUUGUAAUAAUGAUCAAAGAUGAGUUAGUAAUAACCAGGACACAUUUGCUAAUAAUUGUGUGUGACAGAAUAUUGUAAUUACAUGUAGUUCUCAUUUAAUCCGCAUGAAAUAAUUAUAUUUGACCUGUAAUAAAUUACUCUUGUGCUUCGA